AUGGCAACCGCGGCGACUGAGAAGACGCCGGCGCUGCACAAUGAAAAGCGCUUCGUUUUCCAAGGCAGCCUAAACCGCCUGCUAGCCGACGCCAAACGCGUUCCUCCCAGCGCAACCCCCUGUCAGAAAUGCGUGCAGAGAAAGCGUGUCUGUAUAUGUGAGACGGUGACUUCGGCUGUCGGACGUGCGCCGGCGUACGAAAUAGCUGAGUUGGCGGAAACUCGGACUAUGCUCUCGGAACUCCGCGACUCACUCAAUGGCGUCGACAUUGAAAAGUGGUCCGUGCACACGCGGCUGCUCGAUCAGACGUCACUGGUUGCCAAGCAGGUUUCGGAGAUCACGACUGUGGUGAAUGGACGCCGCGAGCCUGGUGUAGAGCUCGUUACGAAUGCGUGGCUGAAGCUAUAUGAUAUCCUCCAAACCUACAAGGUGUUGGAUGCCGUAAAACCCGAUCUUGACACGGAAGGCGGUGUCGUACGGUCGUUUCACAUCUCCGAGUGCCCGGGUGGGUUCAUCGCAGCGCUGAACCAUGCGAUUAAGCAGCGCAACAGCCUGGCCGAACUGGCGUGGCAGGCAAUUUCGCUGAAUCCGUACCAUGAGGGAAACAGCCACGGCAAAUGCCUCGCGGAAGACAUUCUAUUCCGCGAAACUGCUCGCAAUUGGCUCAACGGCGCAGAUGACUCCGGGAACGUUACCCGAACACUGAACAUCGAAUACAUCUGGGACCGUAUAAGCCGACCCAGCAGAUUCAACAAGGGUCGCAGUCCCGUGUUAGUAGACAUAGUGACGGCUGAUGGGUCAUUUGACUGCCAGGCCGAUCCUAACAACCAGGAGGCGCUCACAGCUCCGCUGAAGCUCGCAGAGGUAGUCUGUGCGUUAGGUUUGAUGCGCGUGGGCGCAAUAUUUGUGCUGAAGAUGUUUACCCUUUUCGAAGAAAGCUCUCUCUCUAUUAUGGCGCUACUGAACAUGUGUUUCAAAACCGUGGAAGUGUAUAAACCACACAUGUCAAAAGCAAACAGCUCCGAGGUGUACGUGGUAUGUAUGCACUUCAACGGAAUCACUUCAGUGCUGCUGUGCGCCCUCUGCAAAAUCGUCAGCGAAUAUGCGGCCAAUCAUCACCGGCGUGCAAUAUUGCCGCGAGAAUGGGUACCAAGCUCUUUCCGAACUGAGUUCGUAGAAUGCGCCACCAUGUUCGCGCAAUUGCAAUGCCGCAGCCUGCGAAGCGCAAUGGCCCAAUUCCUCCAGGUAACGGAUGAAAAUGCAUUUUACAAGCGAAAGCGCGAGUUUGCGCGGCUUUUUAUCUCACAGUUCAAGAUAUCGGCUAUACCUUCCGACUGCCGUCUCGUAAAGUACAUUUCCUUUAGUGAAAAUACCAUCACUGGCAAAGACACCAGUUCCCUCCUGCAUGUGCCGAAGCGUAUUCUACCUGACCUUGACACCAGGCGAAAUUACGUCAAGUGCUACAAAGAUCUCCAAGCGCGUCGUGUGGAACUGCACCGACAGUACGCGCAGAAGGAAGACCCAUCGCAUUUCAUAACUCUUGGCGAAGAAGCGACGUCUGCGGAAUUCGGGCGCGAUAUCGCUGACGCAUUGCGGUUUGCCAACGAAUUUAAGCCACCAUAUCCACAGCUCAAUGACGGCACGCUUAUGCUAGACCUGGACGAGCGUCUGCUCUCCGAGCUUAGAGCGGACAUGCUUAACCAGCGCUACUUGAAGGAUUCGUGGUUUGUCGCGGCCCCACUUCAGGCACACGAGGUACGUAUGAGCCAUUUUGUGUGCAACGAUCUGCUAUACGACGUUUCGCGAAUGCGUACACUGUGUGGAGCUCGCGCACCCAUAGUGACUGCGAUGGAUGCCCUAUGUGUAGAUGGAGCCGUCGGUGAGGCGUUGUCAGACAUCAACAUGCUCCCAAACGGCGGUAUGGUCGACCUCGCGGUGAUAUCGCAGUGCUUCCUUGACAUCAACCGCUACAAGGCUUACCUGGAAAUAACAUGCAAUGCGGGUCAGCAAUUCCCAGCUGUGUCACUUCUGAAACGUCACGGUAUACCCGGGUCUAUUAUAUACGGUUUCAAGGCGAAUGGAGAUGCAUCGUCACACAUACAAUUCGAUUCCUCUUACGAGCUGCAAGUUAUUGUCGAAUCGUUCCUCGGUGAGGGUACUGUUAACCAGUGCAUUGACUUCAAAUACGAUGAAUGUUUGACACGUGGUGAAGGUCACCGGUGUCUCACUGCGCAACUACAAGAAUCGCCCAUUCGUAACUCGUGCGAUUUUGUAUUCUGCGACACCACGAAUUCAUCAGUGCAUCAUCGGGAAGUAUGCAUGGACGAGUUCAAAUCCAAGCCUGUGAUUGUCGCACAACUUGUGCAGGCACUUUAUUGCCUAUCACCAGAUGGCGAUCUUGUGGUGUCGGUGCGAACCAUUAUUACUAGAUUCAGUGUUUGUCUAGUCACGGUGCUUCGUACCGUGUUCGACGAGGUUCACCUGUACCGCCCGGAUUCAGUAGCGCCGUGGACACAGCGCUGCUACAUUAUCUGCAAAAGAUACAACGAUCGCGAAAAGAAUCACUGCCGUUAUUAUUUGCAGUGUCUCUGGGAUGCUAUUUGUCUGCACAAGAAGGCAGGAAAAGAGGUGGUGCAGACACUCCGACCUCAUCAUUUCACCUAUUUUGCACGCAAACUCUGGGAGUUUAACACGCGACUCUUCUUAUCCGAACUUGAUGACAUUGCGGCUCACUCUAAAGGGGAAUCUCUAAAAGCGGACCGCAAAAACGUUGCCGUGCAGUUACUGCAAAAUCUUGGGGUCGUGGAUAUACUUUACCCUCCCAGGUUACUUCAGGCCCAAGGCCCAUGUCGUUUGCCAUUGUUCCAAAACGUAAGUGUAGUAAACAUCCAAUUGGUUUCAACUAACUAUAUAGGCUGA